AGAAAAGUGGUGAGUCGUACCUACUUUGGUAUUGUGAAUGAGGUGUCUAGUGUAGAUUGGUGUUGUGCUGAAACCAGCUGAAACUCAAAUUUAGGAAACGCUAGUCAAAGUCAAUACAAAAGAAAGGUGUAAUUUGUGGUAAAAGUUUUUGAUCAAAAGUUAAAUAGGGACAAAGAGCACCACCAAAUCAAACAGCAUGUCCGGAAAUAGGUGUAUCGUUAAUUCGAACAAUCUUUUCGAAGAUGACGAUGACGUCGACGACGCAACCUUUGUUAAAAGUUAUAGACAAAGGUUCCCACCACCGCAACCCAAGCCAUCUCAGUCACCUUACAUAGCGGAAUUAGAAAGACAAAGGCAAAUAACAUUACAAAAACAGAAAGAGAUCGAACAACGUACCGUCGAUUCGUCAAUAAGAAGUAUAGGCUUAUUACGUGAGUCAGAACAAAUUGGCAUUGCAACCGCAGAGGAGCUGGCCCGUCAACGAGAACAACUUGAAAAUACAAACAAACGACUAGAUGAUAUUAACACGAAUCUAACUUAUAGUCAAAAGCAUCUUAAUGGUAUCAAAUCAGUUUUUUAUGGAUUCAAGAAUUACCUAUCUGGUAAAUCUGAUCAAACACCUCCUAAAAGUCAGAUAUCUCCAAGUUCGAGUGGCUCCAAAGUGGGUACAAGCAGCAGAUUUGACGAUACUAUAACUUCUAUGAGUGCUAGUGCCAGUAACAAUUUUGGCAGCCAUCCUAGCACUCGGUUGCGUGGACUAGACUCGCAAGCCACAACUGAACCAAUACCAGAUUCUCAGCGUAUAAAUAAAAUAUUGGAUGAGAACUUAGAUGAAAUGGUGUCUCAUAUAUCAAGACUCAAAGGGCUAGGAAUGGCUCUUGGGGAAGAAAUAACACAGCAAAAUGAACUUAUAGACAAAAUUCAUGAUAAGGCUGAUGAUGCAGAUAUAAAGAUUGGCCAGCAGAACAAGCAAAUGAAUAAGCUCUUAGGAAAAUGAUAAAAGUUGCAUUAUUUGUUCAAUAUAACUCAUAUGCAUCAUUAUUUUGUAAUUUGUUCAUGUUUGUACAAAAUAUUUUGGCGUAUAUAAAAUAAGAACUAUCUUUGUUAAGAGUAUACAGUAGAGUCUGACUAAUCUAGCACUGUUAAGAACCAGGAGGUGCUGGAUUAUUGAAUGUUUGGAUAACUGGAUUCUAAGGAAAUUUUUUCCUUAGAAUCCAGUUAAAACAAAGCAUUUUAUAAUGUUCUAGUUUAAUGAGAGAAUAUGUAUUUAUGAUAUACUACAUACAUAUUUCUUCUAGGCUCCCAUGAGCCUAGGGUUGAGUGAAUGGGGUGUAGGCAGAGGGUGAUAGACUACUGAAUGUGCUGAAGUACUGGAUUGGUGAGACUCUACAGUACUUUUAUUGGUAUAUAGUCUGAAGACAUUGAAUAAUAUUAUUAAUGAACCUGCCUAAUACCUAUUAAUUAAAAAAACAAUACUACUGUAAUAUCAAUGCCAACUACCAUUAGGACUGCUUAUCUUUUAAUUAAAUACAUUGCUUAUCAAAAGUUAAACUGUAGUUAAUCAUUCAAUAAUCAUGUAAAUUAGCUCCUAAUUUUGUAAAUGCUUCUACAUUAAAGUAUAAAAUAAUACUUUUAAUAUGUUUUAUGUAU